AUGAGGGCAGAAAACAACCAUAAAAAAGUUAUGUCCAUUGACCUAGAAAUGGAACGCAUACUGAAAACUAAAGCAUAUGGCAGAAUAUUAGAAAUACUUCAAGAUAUGUGGAAAUCUGAAUGCCUAAAGGAGGAACAAAUCUCAUACAACAGAUGGAGAUAUACAGAAACCUGGCUUUUGGAUUAUGAAAAGAAUUACGGUAAGGAACUUACUAAACCCAAAAACACAAGACUACAGCAAUUGUCCAACAGACAAGUUUCUAGGAAAAGUUACGCGUCCGCCGUUAGAAACAACUCAACGAAUAAUUCUACAGAAACUGUGGAUCUUCCUAUGGAAAAUGCAACAAAAGCAAUGAAUACAUUUUCGGGGAAACGAAAAUAUAAAAGGAUGAAUCAACAGGAGAACUCUAAACACAUGAGUUACAGUUCUCGUUCAACCAUUUCACAAAACCGACCAUUUCCUAAGCAGCACAGAGACAUACAGAAUCGGGACAAUAACGGUAAGCAUAAAAAUCACCGAGGAAAUGGUACAAAUAAACAACCACCAAACUUUUACAGAAACGAAAAAACAACAUACAUCGGAAGAGGGGUACACAAGUAUUUUUUUAGGAGGAGGCAAAAUGAACCAAGGUCAAAGAUACAAAAAUCAAAUGCCACAAUUAUAAGUGACAGCAAUGCCGGGGACACGUCCAAGAAUGUAAUUAAGAUGGAACCAAAAAUAUUUAAUCUUUCCCAUAGACAACUAACGGAUUCCGAAAUCAAGUUACUGUCUAAGGGUCUAAAAUACACACCUACGCCUCAAGUAAAUAAUCAAGAGCUUAAAACGGAUAUAAAAGCUUAUACCCGGCGACUCAGGCUACGUGAAUAUUUUCAUGACAGUGAUACCAGUGAAUCUGAUUCCGAGUCUACAGACGCAAAAGAAACAGACCUUGUAAGAAACAAAUCCAAGUUUAACCCAAAACGAGGAAGAAAUAAAACUUUGGAUGCUGUUUGCGACACAUUGGAAAAUAUUCACUUCCCAAAUAAACCCAGGACUAUUAAACCAAACCUUUCUAAGGAAGAAGAAAAGGCUCUUAAAAACCUCAGCGAUGACCCUACCAUCAUAAUCAAAGAGGCCGAUAAAGGAGGCGGAGUCGUCCUUAUGAAUAAGGAUUUUUACAAAAAUAAGGAAAAGGACUACCUGACAAACUUUGAAUUCCGAGAGAGUCAAUUCUAUGGUUUACCUAAAGUGCACAAGUCUAAAAUUAUAAAGGAUGCCAUAAAAGAGCAAAAUAGUAUAUGUAUAACAUGUGCUGAUCCCGCUGAUUUAAGCUUCAGACCAAUUGUAGGAGGACCGAACUCUUCAACGCAAAGACUGAGUCAUUUAUUGGAUAUACUUUUAAAACCAUAUUGUCAAAAAGUACCCAGCUUUGUGAGAGACGAUCUUGAUUUUAUAAAUCAUUUACCUACUCAUGUCACCUCUAACACCAAACUUGUCACACUGGAUGUUGUAAGUGUGUAUACAAAUAUUCCUACAGAAUUGGGAUUGCUAGCUGUCAAAUUCUGGACUGAAAAUUAUCCCGAUGUUCUAAACAACAGGUUUCAGCGGGACUUCAUCCUAGAGGCUCUAAAAUUAGUUCUAGAUAACAAUACGUUUGAGUUUGCAGACCAUCAUUACCUCCAAAUUAAGGGAACAGCAAUGGGGACAAAAGUCGCACCUACCUAUGCAACAUUAACCCUUGGUUAUCUAGAACAUAAAUUACAUGAUCAACUGUGUACGUUGUGGGGGAUAGAAUCUGCAAACAAAAUACGGUCUAAAUGGAAAAGAUUUUUAGACGAUUGUUUUAUCUUAUGGGAGGAGGAUGUCGAUAAACUAACGGGGUUUUAUGAUCUACUUAACCAAAUGAAUUCGGAUAUCAAAUUCACGAUGGAAACAGAUGAUUUGCAAAUGCCAUUCCUCGAUGUUCUUGUAACAAAGGAUAAUACCAGCUUAAAUACGGAUAUUUACUAUAAACCAACCGACACACACCAAUAUCUGCAUUUUGGAUCAAGCCAUCCCCAUCACACUAAAACAGCUAUACCAUAUAACCUCGCAAGAAGAAUAUGCACCAUUGUGAGUAAUACCAAUAUCAGGGAUAUUCGACUGGAGGAAUUAAAAUUGUAUUUAUUAAACCAAAAAUAUCCAGAACAACUUGUAGAUAAUGGUAUAAAGAAAGCCAAGGAGUGCGAUAGAAGUCAGUUACUUUUAAACAUACGACGUGCGAAUGACGUUGAAAUAAUUCCAUUUGUGCACACGCAUAACCCGAGAAAUCAAAACGAAAAAGAUACAGAGGAUACAUUUGUUAAUGUUAAAGACAUCAUUGAUGUAGAAGAAAUGGAUAAUUUAUAA